AUGGGGAGACCAGCAGAACUGUCAAGUGUAAGGGCAGGAUCUGACCUUCAGGAUGCUGAAGGACCUAUGGAAGCAAAAUCCUGGAGCGUUUGUUUUGACUUCAACACCUCUACUAUCAGUGGCAAAGACCUUUCUCCCAGCAGUUUCAGCAGUAGGAGGUCAGGUUUAUUUUAUAUUGCUUUGGCUCAUGAGCAAAAAAAGACCCUAACAUCCAUUAUGUUUGAAAAUUUCAAAAAUACAAGAAUCAGAGAUGCAGGUGGAUCCCCUGAAAAGGCAGCCACAGAUUCCAGGGGUGAAAGCAAGAAACUCCACAAAUCCCAGCAGCUGAAACAAGUUUUUAAAGAAUAUGGUGCUAUAGGGGUUUCAUUCCAUGUUGGAAUUUCAUUAGUAUCUCUAGGAAUCUUCUACCUGGCUGUGUCAAGUGGUGUCGAUAUGACUGCAGUUCUCUUCAAACUUGGUUUCAGUGAAUCAUCGUUGCAAUCUAAAAUGGCUGCUGGUACAAGCACAUUUGUGCUGGCAUAUGCUGUUCACAAAUUGUUUGCUCCAGUACGAAUCAGCAUUACUAUAGUAUCUGUGCCAUUUAUUGUCAGAUACUGCCGGAAGAUUGGUUUCUUCAAACCUCCUGCCUCAAAUCCAUGAUUCCUUACUGUUUUUUACUGUUUCUUAAAUGUUCUAUAUCCAUGUAGAUUUUCAGAUUGAUACAUUUAUUUAAAAGAUUUAUUUGGAUUCAUGUUAAUGCUGACCUCCUCUUGUAUUUCUUGCUCUUUCAGGUAAUUGUUACACUGUGAAAAGUGCUGUCCUUAUCUUCUUUCCCUUUUAUCACCUCUUUAGAAAGACCUGUUUAAAUGGCAUGUGGUUUCCACUGCAAGUGGGAAUAUAAACACUCUUUAGAACACACAGUUCUGGGUCUUUAUAAUCUAUCUUUUGGGGCUUGAAUUUUUUUCUUGUCAAAAUAGUGGCAGCAUUAGUUUUUUACUGUGUAGCUGAGAAACAGAGUGAGAUUCUCUUCCUAAUAGUCUGUGGAAUAAACAAUAUCCUAUUAUGUGAAUAGUUCUUUUGGUAAGUGUAUAUAUUGGAAUCUAAGGGGUAGGUGGGUGGGGUUUUUGUUAUAGAAGGCAUAUAUUAUGACCCCAGUCUUCCAGUACAACACACAUGCUGAACUAACUUAAGUGGGAGUACCCCAUGCUUAAUUAUUGCACAGUAAUAAUUGUUUUAGCCAGAAUAGGUGAUGCACUGUUCUGAAACUACAGCUCCUUUGUGGUGCUUCCAUGUUUCAAGAUUUUGUUUGAAAAUGCUUUAUUUAUAGAUUAGGAACUGGCCUUAAAGUCCUUUUUUUUUAAUGUUUUUUUUUAUACCUAUAGACUUAGAAGGAAUCCUGAGUCUACUGAAAUCAGUGUAACCAGAAUUACCUCCUAUGUGAACAUAUUCCAAAGAUCAUAAAGUCAGAGGCAAGGUAUCUGCAUUUUUAAUGUAUUGAAAUCUGGCCUUGUACUGGAAACUUUUUUCAUCUGAAAACUAACCCUAGCAGUUUUCUGCUCCUGUGGAUGAAAAUCAAAUCUGCACCUGAAGUCCAGACACCACAAUUCAUAGCUUCUCAAGGGCAAUUGCUGUGCUUUGUCUGGCAGACUGCUGAAGAUAGCAAUUAGAGGUGCUUCUCAUUUCUUUAUUUGGACACUGUUCCUAUUAGAAUGUAGAUGCACAUGCAUAUAUUCACAUACUGCUUUUCAGUUAACUUAAAGCCUGGAUCCCAAAACUGGGGAGUCAGUGUAACGUUCUGUGGUAAACCUGGGUUUUAGGACUGUACUUCCUUCUGUGGGAUAGCUCCAGCCAGAUCUGUCAGUCUUUUGGCCCUGUUUCUCCUUCCAGCCUGCUCUCUUUACACUGCCUUACCCCAAGGUGGCUCUGACACAGAUCUGUUCAUCCAGGAGUUUAAAUUAAAUUGGAGAUUACCCUGGUGAUCAUUAGUUGUUUUGAUAAAUUUAGUGAAUUAAGAGGAAGGAAUCAUGGGGUUAGGAUGUGAGAGAACAAGUAGUUUUGUUAUGAGCAACCUAUGAAGUUCAACUCAGCCCUAUGUACCCUCUCUCUUUGUAUCAUCAGUUCAGGGCAAUGUUCUGUUACCACAGAUAAAAGUAUUCCAGAAUAGUCACAAGGCAUCUUUGUUUUCAUUUAAAACAUUGUGAAAUAACUGAUUAUCUUAAAGUUGACAGAAAUGGAAUAUUCAAGCAUUUUCAAAAAUUCUGUAAAGCAGGAAUCAUUUAAAGCAAAUGCACCUAACAGCUAUUAAAAUUCACCGCACUAACCUGGAGAUUUUCUUGCUGUAAAGAAAGAUUCAUUUAAACUAUGCUCAGAAUUCAGAUAACCUAUUAAGGUAAAUAGUUGUGUGAACUACUGGCAACUUGCUUCAAUGAAGGUUUUUUUGCAAAGUAUAUUUUAAAUUUAUUUGAGAAUAUAUUUUGAAUUCUAGAAUCCUCAGUUUGUAAAGUGAUCAAUUUUUUAAAGGGUUUGAAAAGUAAAGACAGUCUUAAAGUCUUAUAAUGAAAAUACAAUA